AUGAAGUUGAUUCUAUUUAUUAUCAUUCAGAUACUUAAUGUAUUUGCCUUUAUUGCCAAACCUUUUCGAAUAGAAUAUAAGCAAUCACCGCCUAUUGGAAAUAUUAAGUCUUUUUAUCCAAAUAUUAGAAAUUCAAAUGAUAAUGACCACAAUGAUCCUAAAAUCAUUUCAACAGAUAAUAGCAAUCAUGAAAAUAAUGUCGCAGAUCAUGGAAAUGAACAAAAUCACGAAAAUCAAACAAUCAAUAACCCAAUUCCAGCAAACACACCAGCACCAGUUUAUACACCUACUCCAACUCCAAUAACAAAGCCUACAAGAACACCAAAACCAGUUCCUACUCCUAAAUUAAAUAUUGAAGAACGUAUUCAGCACGCAGCAGCUCAAUUUUUAGCUGCAAAAGAAGAUUUAUCAAAUAAUAAGAUCAACAUACUUGCAUCAAUUAAGAAAAUUAAAGGAAAACUCACUCCACAAAGAAAAGCAAUUUUAUCCAAGAUAUCUCUUCUUGAUUAUCCUUUGGAAUAUAAAGCUACAUGUUCUCAAAUCAAAGGUUUAUGCUAUUGCAACAAAACAGGUUUUGAUAUACAAUUUGCUGAAAAGCAAAUUGUUAAACGGAUUGAUUUCGCACCAUUUUUGAGAUCACAAUGCUCACCAAUUAAUUUCACAGUAGAAGUAACUGCUGCUAAAGAAAAAUACUUUUUCAAUGCAAAACUUGAGCCAGAUGUUGAAGAUAUCCAACAAGUAGUUUUACCAUUUGCAAUAGAAUGCAAUAAAAUCUCAAUACACAAUGUCCAAACCGAUCCAAGAUCUAGUGAUGCUUGUUUCAGCAGCUUUGUUGUUCAGGGCCCGGUUUAUUAUCAAGCUAUUUGA